AUGGUUUUUGCCGCUGCAGCUGCUAUUCCUCUUCCCACAUUGACAUCAUCACACACUUGCAAUAUUCGAAUUCUCAAAGUUAAAGCUAAUGCGACACUUAUCACAAACUCCGAUUGGUUCCAAGUUGGUAGACCCAUCGGAAACUAUGGUUUCAUGAACGUCACUACUGCUAAUACUGAUCAGUAUUCAUUUGGAGAAGGAGGAGGAUUCAAAACUCAAGAUGUUCAAGAAGGUAGCGUCAAAAUCAGGCUUUAUGAAGGUAGGGUUUCUCAAGGUCCCCUUAGGCAAACACCUGUUCUCUUUAAGGUUUAUCCUGGAACGCGAGCCGGCGGAGUUGUGGCAGAUAUGAUGGCUGCAAACGAGUUGAAUUCCCACAUGUUCCUUCAAAGCAGUUCUAAAGGUAUGAGUCAGCAUCUUAUGUUACUUUUAGGUGGCUUUGAAACCACUACCGGAGAGCAGUGGCUUGCUUUUCGUGAUUACGGGAAAUCUAGCGCAGCAGACUAUGCAAAAGUUGCGAGUGAGAAGAUGUCGAAACUCUCUUCAUGGAAUAGCUUUGAACAAGGACAGGCAAUGAAAAGAAGACGGCGUUUCAUUAUAACACUUCUUCAGGGUGCUUUCAGAGGUUUAGCUUACAUGCAUCAUCAUGAUAGAUUGCACCAGAGUCUUGGGCCAUUUUCUGUAUCUCUCAACACAAUUUAUGAAAGAGAGUCUCCCUAUUUGAUUCCAAGGCUUAAGGAUUUAGCUUUUUCUGUUAGUGUUAGGUAUUCAGAACUAGAGGAUUCAGGACCACUUACGGAAGGUCUUUGGGCACGAGCUUCAGCAGCUAGUGCAUUCACUUAUUUAGAGAAAAGAGCUUUUGGAAUAGCCGAUGACAUAUAUGAGGCAGGCCUUCUUUUUGCAUACCUGGCUUUUGUUCCGUUUUGUGAAGCUGGUGUAAUGGAUGGCCUUUCUUUGCAAAGGCUUUUGGAGAACACUUUUCGGCUUGAUCUUGAAGCAAUGCGAGAGUACUGUGUAGCAGAUGACAGAUUAGUUAAUGCCAUUGAUUUCCUGGAUCUUGGCAAUGGUGCUGGUUGGGAGCUGCUUCAGGCAAUGCUUAAUGCUGACUUCCGAAAGAGACCAACUGUGGAGACUGUUCUCGGUCACAGAUUUAUGACUGGGGAAGUCCUUUGA